GGCAGGGCUGGGCGGCCAGGCCUCGGGCGGCGCCCGGGGGUCCUCCCGGCCGCGCGGGGAGCGGCGCCCCGGCCGGCCCCGCCCCGCGGCCGCCGCCUCCUCACCCCGCUCGGCGGCGCGGCGCGGGUCUCCGCGGUAACCGGGGCAGCGGGCAGCGGGCGCGGGACGGGGCGCGGGAGAGGCCGGAGGCGGGAUUUCCCUCCGGUGAGCUGCUCACUGAUGCAGAGGGAGAACAGAUAAGUGUCUUUGUUUUUUCCUGCCCAAAAUGCUUGGACUAUGCUCUUCAAAGCUCUGGAGAGGAUUUCUCAGUAGAUGAGCAUAUUUGAAUAGGACAGGCCUUCGAAGGGCAUGGGGAUUUUAGGCCCAAGUCUAGGACUGCAGCUGCUAGAGUCCUUGGAUCAGGUCAGAAAUUUCACUUUAGUUUUGAAGAGCAAAUAUAUGGUCAUUGUGACUAGGGAAAUCGCCUUAACGAUGUGAGUGUUGCUGAAGGACAGAUUCUUGCUAAGUCUGCAAAAGUCACAGUAAAAAAGAGAUUUUGUUGACCCAACUCCUCAUGCCAGUCCCAGCAGAGAUAAGAUUUAUGGGAAGAGUUCAGAGGACCUGUCUCUCACGCAGUUAGGUACACCUUGCUGGAUGGUAGGUGCCAUGUGGCCUCUUUUGUUGACUGUGCCAAUCUGGAGGAAGAGAAAAAUCCUUUGUGCAGUUCUGUCAUAAAAGGAGGAAUUUUUAUGCUUCUGGUGUAGCACAGCCAGAUAUUAUGAAAUCAGUACAGAAAGAAAGGGCUAUAUUGAACUGUCUUUGGGGUGAAGAAGGUCAGAAUAGACAAUAAUAGUGGUACUUUUUGAGAAACUGUUCUGCCUUCCUAUUGGUAACUAUGAGUUGAGGUCCUUCAGUAUUUCACUCUUAAUCCUUUGCAUGGAAGAAUGAUGGAUUUCAGAAAAGAUUUUCUUGCUGGCAAUGAAAAGUGUUUCUAGAGAAAAGGAUGGCAAAGCUGGCCAUGAGGCUGAAAGCUAGCCGUGACGCUUAAAGAAUAUGUUUGUAACUUUGAGCUAAAAAAAAGAAAGUUGUGUGGUAGUCAAAACUCAGGUGUCAUGAGGCCAAAAAAUUCAGGUUAGGUCAAAGUUGCAAGAAACCAAAACAAAUGCUGGAUCGUGAAUUUGACUGCUGCAAUCAUUUGAAGCCAGACUGGACUAUAAGUUUAGAGGAAGCGGGACUGUUAGGGACUGGUUGUAUGGUACGGGCUAGAGGCACUGUUUUGUUUUGUCCUUGAGUGACAGUUGAGUAAGAUUGAUGUUAGAUAUCAGAGCAUGAGGUGAAUGUUUCCAGGAUAAAAGAUGAUGCUUUAUAUAAAUUUAGGCAUCUGAAUUUGCUAGCAAGAUUCAAAAAUGUUCCCUUAUUUGUCUCCACCUGUGACACAAAGGUAAAAUUCCAUCGUUUUGCAAGUUUAAUGUGAAGUUUUAUUGGUUAAGUUUUGCAAAAGUCAGAUGGAAGAUGUCUGAGAAUACAAACAUGGUGAAUUCAGUCCUCUAAAGGAGCCAGUCUCAAUUUGAGCAACCAGGGACUGCUGAAAGAUUCAGAAAUGUGCUGGUGAUUCAUCUGUCAACAAACUCACGUUUAGGAAGAUAUUUAGGAGACUUACAGAGACGUACAAACACAGAGGAGCUUUUUCCCCAUUUCUGUUCAUAAAAAGGGGAAAAGCUUUUAUAUUGUUAACCCAAGGCUGUAUGCUGGAAGAUAAUGGACCCUGUGAGGUGCUUGUGCUUCAGGUCAACAAAAAAGCUGGCAAAAUAGAACAGGGCAUCUGACAUUAAGCCAAAAUUUCUUUUUUUUCUAUCUAUGCCUAGAAUCAGUGCUAUUGAGUGAGAAAUACAUGUUCUGGAUUAUUAGCUAUUACAGAUUGUUGAAAUUCAUAUAAAAUAUGAAUUUUCUUAAUGUAAUUCCCUUCUCAUGUGUUAGAAUUAUACUAAGGAGGUAUAACUGAGAGAAGAGGUUUCUCAGUUUGAUAGCUGCUUCCAGGCAGGAAGAAAAGCAAUGAAAAAUAAAUAUUGCUUUGUCCUUCCGUUUUUUUCCACCUGACUAUAAAAGAAAUCUGCAGAAACUGAGUUUAUUUCUACAGUCUGUCACACAGCCUAAUUCAGGUGGACGCAGCUCCUCUGUUCGUAAGUGGCAAAGUUUGGAUUCCUGCUGCAAACUCCAUGGUCUGUGCUUGAGGAGCUAGUGCUGUGUUUCAGCUCUAAUCAAAAUAAAAGUGUCACUUCUGGAUUGGUGCCUUUUUCCCUUGUUCUUAGAGAGUUGCUCAGGAGGCUCUGAUCCAGCAAGAACCGGAGAUGAAGGGAAAUACUUGGAGAUGAUUAAGCUGUCUACUCUUAGCUCCCAGGUCUACUUGAGGACACCGACCUGUCUGAAAUCUGAAGCCUUAAGGCUGCGUGGCUGACUUGUGCAGACGUCAUCAAAGAUUUAAAAUUUUAGGUUUCUAAUGUUGACUUUUCUAGCAGAAAUAGGUCCAGAGAAAGUUUCUGUUUAACACCACUCCAUCCCUUCUCCACAUGAGGAAAUUCCUUUUUUUUACCUCUUCAUACAGGCACCAGCUUGAUGGAGGGCGCUUUUAUUAUUGUUUGGAAGGUUAUUUGUGGUUUUCUGACAUCCUGUUGAAUGGAGAAUUUCAAUGAUACCUGGUCUGAAGGAGAGAAAGAGUUUGAAGAGUCAAUAUAAUGACAAUAGCCUAUUUUUUAUAGACCUAGUGGAGUCCAGUAAGCACAAAAAUCAUUUUAUCAGUCACUCCUGCUAUUGAGAAUUUUUAUGAAGGAUAACUGAUGCCCAAUCCUUGAUUACAUUCUUGAGCCCAAGAAGAAUUUGUAGCAAAAAAGCAUCAGGAAAAUCUAACUGCCUUCUGCCCCUUGAGAUAUAUACAGUGCUAUUACAGCUUGAGCUGUUUUUUGCUGUUGGUCCAUGGUAUCACAGACUUGGGAGCACUCAUUAUAUGUCAAGAAAGAACUGGAAAUAAACUCCUGCCUGUGGCAGGACAGUUGACAGCUCUUAAUGCCGUACAGAUGGGAAACUCAGCUGUACGAGUACAUUCCGUGCACAUUGACAGAUGCCUUUAAGAAAGAUUAAAGGGCAUUUUACUGGUUGAUUUUAGACAAAUUCCUCUUCUUUUCUGAAAUAUGUACAACAGAGAGCAAUACUCCACAGGCUAGGAAAGGAACUGAAAGGUUUUGUAGAGCUUUCAUUUUUACGUUCUCUGCUUCUAGGAAGCAGCAUAUAUGGGCUUGAUACAAAAAAAUCAAACUGCAGAAUAGUUAUUCCUGCUUGUGAGUAAAGAUUGUGAUAACUGAUUGUUUAGCCAGUACCACUGCAAGUGGUAAGCCUGUAACCAUCUAGUCAUGCUUCUGAGUUUUGCUUCACUUUCUUCCAAAGUCGUUAUAACAAGGGGACUUCUCAUGCUGGAGAGUGCUGCAUGAGCUAAUACAGAAGAGUUUCUUUUGUGACCAAUGCCUACAGCAGAUUGAGUGAUUUAACAUCCGUUCUUUAGCAGCUGAGUUGCUAUGUCUCUGUGUUAUAAUGAUUUGUCAAGACUUCGGAAGUGAUUUAAAACCAAAAAUCUCUCAGGGAAUCUUAAGAUCUUAAUUGAUAUCUAUUUUUUCUGUGAGAGAGUAAAACAUAGCGAGAAGGUAAUCGUACACAUUUUUUUCUGGUCAGAGAUGAGUGAGGGAAAGUUUUACAUGCUUGUUACUCACCCCUAAGAGAAAUACAAGAGAAAUACAGGUAUAGGGGGCUCAAUGUGAUGUUAUGCUGAGGAUCCCUGCAGGUUCCUUCUGCAGAGGUCAAUAGGGACUUCAUGACAUGAAUCUGGAUAUUUUCAGCUUUGGAACAGCCUGGAUGGCACACUCACUGAAUGAAUGGCUAUGGCAGCAUGAAUACUGGCUCCCCCCAGGAAUCACCUGGGAGGACAUGAAAGAGUCUGAAGAUACCCAUUACCCACAGCCUCAUGAUCUCCUGCUCAGCAUCCCUUUCGCCUUAAUCUUGGUUGUCAUUCGGUGUUUCUUUGAAAGAACCAUAGCCCUGCCCCUCAGUGGCAAACUGGGUGUGAGGGACAAGCUGAGACCAAAAGCUCAGCCCAACCCCGUGCUGGAAACAUUCUACGGUAUGCACCGCAAGAACCCAAAAGAGGGUGAGCUGAUCAAUUUAGCCAAACAGUGUGACCUGCCAGUCAGAAAAGUGGAGAGGUGGUUUCGGCGCCGGAGGAACAUAGACCGACCAAAUCUGUCAAAAAAAUUCUGUGAGGCCUGCUGGAGGUUUACAUUUUACAUCAUUUCUUUCUUCACUGGACUUGCUAUCCUGUAUGAUAAGCCUUGGCUUUGGGACCAUAGAGAGUGCUGGACAGGAUAUCCACAACAGCCUCUCCAACCCUCCCUGUUCUGGUACUACUUGCUGGAGCUCUCCUUCUACUGCUCACUUGUCUUCACCCUGCCCUUUGAUGUGAAGAGGAAGGACUUCAAGGAGCAGGUAGUCCAUCACGCUGCAACCAUCUUCCUGAUCAGUUUCUCGUACUGUGCCAAUUACAUCCGCAUUGGGACACUGGUGAUGGUGAUUCAUGAUGCUUCUGAUUGCUUCCUAGAGCCAACUAAGAUACUCAAUUAUAUGAAGUGGAAAAAAAGUUGUAACUGCCUCUUUAUGAUCUUCUCAGCUGUUUUCCUCAUCAGCCGCCUGGUCAUUUUCCCCUACACAGUGCUCUAUAACACCUACUAUUACUCCAUGGAAAUAUUCCAGCCGUUCUUUGGAUACUACUUCAUGAACGCUCUUCUGAUAACUCUGCAGCUGCUCAGUGUCUUCUGGUCCUGCCUAAUUAUUCGUAUGGUCUACAAGUUCCUCCUCCAGGGCACGAUGGAAAAGGAUAUGAGAAGUGACACAGAAGAAAGUGACAAGGAUGAAGAGAGAGAAAAGAUUAGAGAAAAAGAGAGGAACGGGAUCAUGCAUUUCAACAACAUCACAAGCAACAAUUGUGUCCAGAGGAACGUGUCCCAGCAGAACAACAGAACUCAUCUCACCAAUGGCCAUGCCAAGGAAAGAUAGCUACUGUUCAACUGCUCUCUGACCUGGUCUUUAACAAGUCCAGUCAAUCGUCUUUAGAAACAGUUUUGCUCAUUGUGUAGAUAAAAAGGAACGCGGCUGCAGUAUUAUAGCUGAAUUCCUGCUUCCUGUAAACAGAAGUGUGUAUAGGCACUGAUAUUUGAAGGAUAUUUUCGGUCUUUCUCCAAUGAAAGUUUUCUAUGGGUUGCAGCCUCAAAGCAGAUAGAAAGGGAUCAAAGUGGUUUGACUUGUAUUAGACAGUACCAUAGUUGUUGUUAAAUGUGUUAAUCUUGAAAAAUACUCAGAAUAGUGGAUAAACUCUGGCAAUGUCAAGUCUUAACUGCCUAAUGUUGUUUGGAAAGAAUUUGUUUAGCCUUGACCAGCCUUUGGCGGUCCUGGCCCAUUGCCACUAAUGAUUAUGGCUAGCAAGUAAGUGUGAGAAUCUAAAUCUUAAUAGAGGGACACCUCUUUUGUGAAGGCAAUUGGCCCACCCAUACUCAUAAAACAAAAACUGAGCAGAGUGGGAUAGAAGCUUUGGAAAGAGGUAGGAGAACACAUUUUCUUCUCAAAAGAAAUGCUGCUCUGUACCGUAUGAUCAGUUUUGAAAUGAUAUGGAUCUCAGUCCCUUCUGUCAUCAGCAUUAUUGCUGCAAAAGUAGGAACUCCAAAGCCCAGAUUUCAGAUAGUUCCCACCUAUAUUACGGUUGGAAGAGAUGGAAAAUCCAGGCAGUUGUGUCUCAACUGUCAGCUAAUCCUUUAAACCUGUCUUUGGAAGGGAACACUGUCAGGAGAAGGGAGGGGACAAGAAAUCACAUAUUCUAGUAGAAAACACUGAUUAAGCGUUCAUGUUUUCACCUACUGUGAUUGGUGCAGUGGGAGAUCUAUAGAGUCGGCUUGUGGUAAGAAAGGAAUGGCUUUACCCCAUCCCCAGAGGAAAAAGGAUCCAGAUAAGACCUGCUGAACCUUGUGGAAUAAUGCUUUAACUUAGUCUUCUGACCCUAGGGUCUUCGCCUAGACUUUUCAAGAAUGGAAAGAUUAAAGCAGUAGUCCAUGAAGUCAUGAUGCAGCUCUGAUUCAGUUCCUUUAAAUGUCCUGUGAGCAUAUCUUAUAUCCUGUGUGUUCCUGGAGGCUGGAUCCUAUAACCCUUUAGAAAAGUUAAAUUAGUAUGACAUGAAUUUAUGUCUUAAACAGAAAUUAAACUAUAAAACCAAAGUAUUAAUGGCUUUACUAUAAUGACAGCAGGGACUUAGACUGCCACGGCCAUGUAGACACUUUCCUGUAUGUGCCCGGUAAGGGCCAACGAUAACAGAGGAACAUGGACCAAGGAAAUACCUGAUUCAAGGAGGUGGGCACAUUCUUAAAAUUAAGAGACAAAUGACAGUCUAAAAGGACAAGAGGCGUGUGGUGGGGUUUCAGCAGUAUACUGAGUUCACCUGAAUUGUGACUGGGAGAGAUCUUUGACCUGAGUCUGUCUGUGCUCGUCUUAGGUUUCAAUCAAAAUACACUGGAUGAUUGCAGAGGGAAAAGUGGUUCCAGCACAGGUGAUUCCAGAGCAGUAACAUUCUGUGGGAACACAGCAUCUGUUCCUGCAUCAUGGUUUAAAUUCAUCUUUGCUUGAAAUAGUUUGUCUCUGAAACCUUGAGCUAAUUUGAAGUUCAAAGUAAGUGUUCUGUAUACUGUUAUGUUUCUUUAGUCUGAGUGUACAAUCUUGCCACUCCUCUGCAGGUGACAAGUGUUUGGGAGAGACAGUUGUAUAUCAUUUUGUACUACUGGAUGUAACAGUUCUUUAUAAAUUACUUUUGAAAGGUUUAA